UGAGAAGGAAAGCAUUAAUUGUCAUUAAUUAAAGAGAUUGAACAUACAAAGAAUCCCAAAAUCUUGAUAAUCCAAGGCUUGAAAAUUUUUCAAAAAUCGUUCUAGGGUUUAUCUAUCUAAGCUCAUCAUAAAAAACAGACAAAAACGGGUUGAAUUUAUAGAAAUCGGCAAAAGUGAGCGAAAUUUGGUCCGAGGAGUCGUCCGCAGGGCGUGCGGCUGACCGUGUCGCCUCCCGUAAAAUUUUCGACGUCUCUCUCUUCUUUUUCCCGCAUGGCGUGCGUACUUCGGGCGCACGGCGUGCACCUUUCCAGUUUGAAUUUGACUAUUCUUCCUUCACAAAAGUUGUAGAUAAUGAAGUCUUCUAUCCACCAAAACUUGCAAAACUGCGAUUGGACCAUCAAAUUUUAGGAUAUGAAUAAAAUGGUGGAAGGUCGCAUAUUGAAAUCUCAACAGUGAUUAUCUGAUUUCCUCAUCUUUUUUUACCUUGAUCCUCUCACAUUCUCGUCAUGAUGUCUUCAUAUGAAUUAAUUUAUCUCAAUAUUGUAGUCCUCUAAGUUAUCUUUCAUAAGGAACUUGAAUCGUGUACUUUGGAUGUUUCUACAAAAAUACAUGUCUGAACGAUUGACACAACGUCAUCCUGAUCGUUGUUUUUUAGCUUUAUUCGUUCUUGUUUGAUUUCGUACUUGAUCUUUGAGCUUUCUUAACUUCAAAAUCACCCCUUUAAUGAAUCGUGAACCAUCAAUGAUUCUCAAUAACUCUCAAAUGUGUCUCGAUUCCUCUCGAUUAAUUCUACAACACCGGUGUCGAGUUCAAUUUCCCGAUUUUAAUUUAAAAAAAACCAAAUGCAACCCAAAACCUGGUAAAAUAUGAUUUGAGCUAAUUAUGAGCCUUAUGACACAUUUAAACUAGGAAAACUAUCAUAAGUUGAUCUCAACACGCAUCAAAUGCGUCUUGAAAUAAGGACUUAUAGGCAGUCCACCGAGCCAUCUAGUAUGGAUAAACUUUAAUAUGUUUUCAAAAAUUGUACUCUGUAUAAACAAUUUUUAACACUUAAAAUAACAUUACAUCAUUUUAAAAUUUUUUUAUAUGCUUAUAAUGUUUAUAAGCCUCUCACUACAUGCACAAAAAUAAUCAUGAAAAACUAUAACUAAAGCUUAAAAUUCAAACACAAAAUAUUAUCUUCAAGUAUAGAAAUAAGGUGAAAUUGAUAAGAAUAAUCUCUACUUUAGGGAUUCUACAAUAAUAAUCCCUACUCACACUGUCCACAAAAAUAAUCCAAACUAGCAAAUGUGUUCAUAAGCAUAAAUUGUGGUGAAUUCAAAUUAAUGUCCCUUCAGUACUCAUAAUCCUUACUUCCACUUUUCUCCCACUGGUUCUUCUUAUUGGGACAAAUUCAAUCUAAAACUCAUUUAAUAUCAAUGGGUAGGGGUUGAAAGUAUCAAAUGGGCGAUAAUUUGAAUUCAUUGUAAUUUAUUUUUAUGGACACUAUUGCGAGUACAGAUUACUUUUAUGGAUACUCACAAUAAGGAUAUUUUUGUAGAACUCAUAAAAGUAUGGAUUAUUCUUGUGAAUUUUGCCCAGAAAUAAUUGAUAUUAUAUUAGUUGAGCUAGAAGUUAAUAACUAAAAAUGUAAAUUUAAAUAUAAUGAACCAUAAGUAUAUAUAAAGAAAAAUUAGUAGAUAUAAUAUACACGUCUACAUGUAAAUAAGUAAAUAAAUAAAUAGAUAAACUAGUAAAUACACACACGUAUGUAUAUAUGUAUAUAUAUAUAUAUAUGUGUGUGUGUGUGUUUAUAUAUACCAAAAGUAGCAGCCGGACUUAUCGACCCGAACGGGCCUAUACUCUUACCCAAGUCCACUCAUAUGUUAUUGCGGUCCAAUCGGCGGGGGCUAGCUUGAUGGAUAAGUAUAUAUGCCCAAACCAGCUAUUUAUGUGGGCGGACCAAGCGAGCUAGCUGACCUGUGAUUCUGCAGGUCUAUUAAUAAGGUUUUUAACGAGACAACUAAUACCUAAAUUAUUCAUUGAUGACUAAUUGAUGACAUUGAAAGAUAGUGUUGAAAUAUAAAUGAAAUAGUCAUCUUUAACUAUUCAUGAUUAGGAAUAUUAUCACAAUUACCAAAAUAAUUAGAAAAAUCAUAAUUAUGAUUUCAAGUUGAUAAUUGUAUAGCUCAUAAUUAUCUCCUAAUCUAAAUGAGUUCCACUUUCUGCUAUAAAUAUAUCUCUUCUCCCAUUAACAACAACACUAUCGAAAGUCAGUUGUGCUAUUUGUACGAUAAAUUGUACACAUUUUGUGUACACUCCUAGUUGUCCAUGUAUAUUGACAAUUAGGGGAUGUACAAAUAGUUUUUCCAUCAAAAGGAGUACGAAGUACUACUUCCGUCCUUGAAAUAUCUCCUUAUUUAACUGGGCACGAAUUUCAAGAUAGUGAGAAAUGUGUGGUGGAGAGUUGUGCAGAGGAAAGAGAAAUGUGUAAGAAUGAUUGUGAACCAUAAAUUAUUUGCCAAAAAAGGAAAAAGGAUAAAUUAAGGACGGACCGAAAAGGAAAGAAUAAAAUAAUUCCGGGGUAUUUUAGUAACCGUUACCUCGGUAUAUUGUUGUUGCGGUAAUCAUUUCUCUCAUGAACACUUUUCAUCUAUCCAGAAGAUUAUCAUCUUUAAAAGUCAGUUUCUUCAUCGUCCAGCCGCAGGCCCCGAUCAACUAUCUUCAAAUCAAUCAAUCCGUGCAAUAAUGAAGCGUAUAAACUCAACCGUCGAUCGGAUCUUCCGUUUUGUCAAAGAGAGAAGUGGACGCUGUAGGAGAUCCAUGGAGGCAUCAAUCUCUUCGUCUUCCGGCGGAGAAGGAUACGAUUGGGUGAGGAAAGAACGGGUGGACGCGGUGGUGGUGGGAGCAGGGGUGGUGGGCAUAGCGGUGGCGCGUGAGCUGGCGGUGAAGCAGGGAAGAGAGGUUCUGGUCAUCGACUCUGCACCCACUUUCGGCACCGGAACAAGCUCCCGCAACAGUGAGGUCAUCCAUGCCGGAAUCUACUAUCCUCCCCAGUCCCUCAAGGCAAGAUUUUGUGCUAGAGGGAAGGAGCUAAUGUACAAGUACUGCAAAGAUCACGGAAUCCCUCAUAAAGAGAUUGGCAAGCUUAUUGUUGCCACUGGUUCUUCUGAUAUCCCAAAGCUGAACGCUUUGUUGGCCAGAGGAAUUGAAAAUGGGGUUGACGGUCUCAAAAUGAUUGAGGCUUACGAAGCCAGAAGAUUUGAACCAGAAUUGCAGUGUGCUAAAGCUUUAUGGUCACCUUCUUCAGGCAUAGUUGAUACUCAUUCCUUAAUGCUCUCGCUAGUGGGGGAAGCUGAAAAUCAUGGUACAACUUUCACUCACAAUACAGCUGUUAUUGGUGGUCAUCUUGAUGGAAACCAAAUCCAUAUUCAUGUUUCAGAAAGCAAUGCUCUUAAAAACCGGCAUGGGGAUUCUCAGCUCGUUCCGCAACUGAUUCUUAUUCCCAGAUUUGUAGUGAACUCUGCUGGCCUAAGUGCAAUAGCCGUAGCUAAGCGAUUCAGUGGACAACUGCAUAGAAAUGGAGUUACUCCCAGCGCUUAUUAUGCCCGUGGUAGCUACUUUACUCUCUCAAACACCAAGAAACCUUUCUCCCAUUUGAUUUAUCCCAUACCCGAAGCCGGUGGUCUAGGUGUACAUGUUACUGUGGAUUUAAACGGUCAAGUAAAGUUUGGCCCUGAUGUUGAGUGGAUAGACAGCAUCGAUGAUGUUUCAAACUUCCUAAAUAUGUUUGAUUAUUCGGUACGUGAAGAUCAUGCAAAGAAAUUCUACCCAGCUAUAAGAAAAUACUAUCCUGGUCUAAAGGAUGGAUCACUGGAGCCUGGUUAUGUCGGUAUCCGACCCAAACUUUCUGGUCCUGAAGUAGGCUUCACUGAUUUUAUAGUGCAGGGAGAGGACAUCCAUGGCAUAGCUGGCCUUGUAAACUUGUUUGGUAUAGAAUCACCAGGACUUACUUCAAGCAUGGCAAUUGCAGAGCAUGUUGCUGCCAAACUAUUAAGAAGAUAAUUUUUGUCCAUUUGGUACCCAGUAUAAAGCUUUACAAAUUCAGCUGUCCUAGAAGUUUUGACCACUGGGCACUGGCUUUGUAAAAACAAAAACUACACUAUGCCACCUUAGUAAAAAAGUAUAAAAUAUCAAGUCAUUUUAUAUCAAUGAAACGUAAAAUGCAAAUGAUUCAAAGUCUCAAAAUUUACGAAUAGACUCAAAAUUGUUGUAAUUCUCCUGGAAAUGUGACGGUGUGCAAGUUUGUGAUUGGCAUUUCCAAGUCUUUAUGGAGCAGAUUUAGUAACGAGUAUAUAGCUUUACCAGUUCAGUUGUCCUAUAAGGUUUGGCCCCUCUCUUAGUAAAAAAAUUGUUACAC